CUCUCUCUCUCUCUCUCUCUCUCUCUCUCUCUCUCUCUCUCUCUCUCUCUCUCUCUCUCUCUCUCUCUCUCUCUCUCUCUCAUAUAUGGGCAUUCAUGGGGUCCUGAUUCAUUCUGCUAAACAGUCAAACGGACUAACCCAGCUAACACUCAAACGAAACUACUCUCUCUCUCUCUCUCUUUCUCUCUUAUAUGGGCAUUCAUGGGUCCUGAUUCAUUCUGCUCUUUCUUUAAUAUAUAUAUAUAUAUAUAUAUAUAUUCAUCUACAAUACUACUACUGCUAAACAGUCAAACGGGCUAACCCAGCUAACACUCGAACGAAACUACUCUCUCUCUCUCUCUCUCUCUCUCUCUCUCUCUAUGUAUGUAUGUAUAAAUAUGUAUGAAGCCGGGAAGACCUCACAUCAGUCAUCCAGAGAUCACAAACCAACCCAAAGAAGAAAUAUAAUGGACGUUAAAAUUUCAGAGACCAUUUCAGUGUUACCAGCUAGAGCUCCCUUCCCCCACGACCACCUCAUCCCCCUCUCUCAUCUCGACAACGACGGCAACCUCCAGGUCCCCAUCCGUUGCCUCCGUGUGUACACUACCACCGCCCACAGUCCCAACCCCGCCGACCCCUUCCGCGUCAUCACCGCCGCCCUCUCCGAGGCCCUCGUCCAUUACCCUCUCUUCGGCGGCUCCCUCCGCCGCCACCCCGGCAACCACCGCCUGGAGCUACUAUGCGCCAGGGGUAAAGGGGUCCCCCUGAUUCGCGCUACCGCGAACUUCACGCUCGAGUCUGUGAACUACCUGGACGACCCGGCGGCCCCCUUUAUUGAGCGGCUGGUGCCCGACCCGAAUCCGGAAGAGGAACUGGUCAACCCGUUCGUGUUGCAAGUCACGGUUUUCGCGUGCGGCGGGUACUGCUUGGGAUUUUCACUUAUUCAGUCCUUGUGCGAUGGACUUGCCGCGGCUCAGUUUUUCGACGGCAUGGGCGAGCUCGCCCGCGGGGCGACCCGGCCGUCUCUGGACCCGGUUUUGGAACGGCCUGCUCAGGUGGGUCCGAGGGACCCGCCCCACGUGGAGGCACCGUGGCAUGAGUUUCUGAGUUUGGAUAAGAGCAGCUCGCCGUACGGUCACAUAAGCGGUUCUGCUCGCAGGGAGUGCUUUAGCGUCGAAGACGAGUGCUUGGACCGGUUCAGGACGACGCUGUUCGAGCAGUCGGGGUUGAAAUUUACAGCAUUUGAAGCUCUCGGCGCUUACAUUUGGCGAGCCAAGGUUAAAGCUUCCGGGAUUGUAGAUGGCGAGAAGGUGAAGUUCGUGUAUUCAGUGAAUAUAAGAAAGCUUUUAAAGUCACCACUACCAGAUGGCUAUUGUGGCAAUGCUUGUGUCCCUGUGUACGUCCAGCUCAGUGCCAAGGAGUUGGUGGAGCAACCUAUUUGGGAAACUGCACAUCUAAUCAAGAAGAGCAAAUUCAAUGCUACUGAGGAAUAUGUGCGCUCCUUUAUAGACUUCCAGGAGCUCAAUUACCAAGAGGGGAUCACGGCAGGAAAGAGGGUGAGUUCGUUCAUUAACUGGAGGCACUAUGAUCAUUCAACACAAGAUUUUGGGUCUGGAGGGCCAGUUAGUAUUUUGCCAAUCUCCAGGAAAUUUCUUGGAAGUGUUGAGCCUUGCUUUUUCUUGCCACAUUCCUCUUUAGAUCUGGGGAAGAAGAAUGGGUUUAGGGUAUUGGUGUUUCUGCCAAAUACAACCCUACCAAGUUUCAAGGAAGAAAUGGAGAAGUUUUCCAACGAGGAAUUUGGGUUAGUUGACAAGAAAUGAAUCAAGAGAUGGUUGAUCGGCUCAAUGUUAUCUAGAUUUUAUAGGUUUAGAUGACUCUAGCUGAGGUUGUGUUUGAGUAUGCAGGGGCAUAAAUUUGGAUUUAUGUGAAUUUGAAAGAAACGUAAUAUGAUCUCAUAUUACUUCCUGUUCAAAUUCACACGUAUCCAAUUUCAUGGUUCGAAUUUCAUAUCCUCAAACACGGAAUAAGAAUGACUUGUACUUUGACUUUUGUUUUUGUUUCUUUUCGUGUGUUUCUAUUUUUCAACUAUGUACUAGCCACAAUGGCACUGUAUUGUACUCCAUUUCCUAAAUAAAUGAGUGCUAUUUAUUUGAA